AUGGCGAGUAACUUGAAUAUGGGUGCUCCUUCAGAGCUGAAGCGCCUACCGUUGCCAAAGCCGCCUACAUAUUGCUUCGUCACGAUAACCGAUCCGAAGGAAACUAAGUCUAGGUCGAAGAAGCGCCAGGUCAGAUCGGCUGUAGCAUAUUACCAGCAUCACAAGGAUGAUGGCAAAGACCCUGGAUCUGGUAGGCGAAUGAGAGGGUGGAAAAGGAAAUCUGUGUCCCGCUCUCUGGUGACAAGCCUUCCGUUGGAGCAAGAUGAUUCUGGAGAAACAUGGUCAAGUUCCACUCAGCCUACGCCUACACCGCCAGAAGAAAGGCCAGACUAUGUUUCCGCCUUUCACACUUCGUAUCAGCCGGCGUUCAGUGGGAUGAGAGUUGAUCCGUUUCAAUCUUAUCCCAUCCCGUGGGAUCCCGUGUAUGAGCCUAUUUUGGACUUUUACCUGACACAUGUUCUUAUCGACACACCGGGCAUAGCUAAACCCGGCCAAGUCUUUCGUUUAAGGUCCUCCUGGUACCCAUUCAUCAUGAAGAGCCCCAUCACAUUCUACGCAGCCCUCGCACUUGCUGGGACACUUUUCUACCCCCGGUGUUGCCAUCCCGCCACUGGUCUCACGAUCCUCAGGCUCCGCCAGAAAGCCAUCUCAUCCAUCAACAGCACACUCUUCGACCCAGAUACCUGUAAGUCAGACGAGACGAUAGGUGCCGUGUUCUGCAUGUCGCUACUGGAAUCUAUGUACGGAGACGCAAAUUCUUAUCAGGUGCACAUGGCUGGCCUGGCGAAGAUGGUGAGGAUGAGAGGGGGGCUGGGUGAGUUGGGGCUGGAUGGGCUGAUGAAGACGAUGAUCUGCUGGUUGGAUUUUAAGCACACGAAGGUUCAUGGGUCGGAUUUGGCGUUCGGGGAAAGUCGCGAGGUGGAAAAGAGAGCGAGUCCGUUCAAGCAUCCGAAAGAGGGGGCUGAGCGACGAAAGCUGCUUGAUGAGAGAGAGGGAAGUGCGGGCUCGUAG